AUGGACCCAGAAGCAACCUCUGUUUAUUGGGAUUAUUUAUAUGGGACAAGCCCAAAUCCGGAUGGUCUGGAGGAGACCCACUUCCAUGCUCCUUACACAUCUGUUUUCCUUCCCGUCUUUUACACAACCGUGUUCCUGAUCGGCGUGCUGGGGAACCUCCUCCUCAUGAGUGCGUUGCACUUCAAACGGGGCAGCCGAAGACUGAUCGACAUCUUUAUCAUGAACCUGGCCGCCUCUGACUUCAUUUUCCUCAUCACGCUGCCUCUCUGGGUGGACAAAGAAGCCUCGUCAGGACUGUGGCGAACAGGUUCUUUCCUGUGCAAAAGCAGCUCCUACAUGAUCUCAGUCAACAUGCACUGCAGUGUCUUCCUGCUCACCUGCAUGAGCAUUGACCGCUACCUGGCCAUUGUGUGUCCAGCCGCAUCCCGGAAACUCAGAAGGAGGGACUGUGCGUAUGGAGUCUGUGCCAGUGUCUGGUUUAUCUCCUGCCUCCUGGGGUUGCCUACUCUUCUGUCCAGGGAGCUCACCCUGAUUAAGGAUAAGCCAUACUGUGCAGAGCAGAGGGCCACUUCAAUUAAACUGACUUGGGCCCUGGUGUCCUUAAUUUUUACCUUUUUUGCGCCUUUGGUGAGCAUUGUGACCUGCUACUGUUGUAUCACAAGGAAGCUGUGUGCCCAUUACCAGCAGACGGGAAAGCAUAACAAGAAGCUGAGGAAAUCCAUCAAGAUCAUAUUUAUUGUCGUGGCAGCCUUUGUCAUCUCCUGGCUGCCCUUUAAUACGUUCAAGCUCCUGGCCAUUGUGUCUGGGUUGCAGCAAGAACAUUACUUUUCCUCGUCUAUUCUCCAGCUGGGCAUGGAGGAGCUCCUGCACCUUAAACAUCAACCAACAAAAGGGUCAACACUUUGCAAGCAAGAAGCCUAUGGGAGCCUCCUGCACUGACAGCUGUGUCCUUUCAGACUGCUUGGUGCCCACGAGGGUGCAGGUUUCAUGCAA